GACUCACUUCAAUACUUCAAAGUCCAAUUUAGAUCUUCCCAUCAACACCAUGAAGUUCUCUACCUCCAUGAUCUUGGCCUCUGCCAUCGCCGUUGAAGGUUUCACCUUCGAUCGCCUCAACAAGAGCGACGCCGCACUUCUUGUCAUUGAUCACCAAAUUGGACUUUCCGAGCUCGUGAGAGAUUAUGAUCCAACUGUCUUCAGACAAUCACUUCUCGGUCAUGCAGCUCUUGGAAACCUCUUCGAUCUUCCAACCAUCUUGACCACUUCUGCUGAGCAAGGGCCAAACAGCAAUCUCCCAGAGGAGAUCAUUGCCAUGCACCCAACUGCCCCUUACAUCAAGCGCCAAGGAGAGGUUAAUGCGUGGGACAAUGCUGAGUUCCGUGCCGCUGUUGAAGCCACUGGCAAGAAACAAUUGAUCAUCGGUGGAAUUGUCACCGAAGUUUGUACUUCUUUCCUCGCUCUCUCACUCAUUGAGGCAGGCUAUGAUGUCUGGGCCAAUACCGAGGCAAGUGGUACUUUCAGUGAUAAAUUGGCUUCUGAUGCCAACCGACGUAUGGAGCAAGCUGGUGUUCAUCUCAUGGGAUUGUUUGGAGUUACCAUGGAUUUGAUGAGAGAUUGGAGAAACACACCUGGUGCUGCAGAGGUUCUCCCAUACCUUGACAAAUACUUGGUUCCAUACUCCUUAGUUGCCCGUGCUCAUGGCUAUGCUAUCGGAAACGGUACCAUCCAGCCAGGAGAAGCCCAAAUCCUCCUCUAGAUGAUUUCUCAAAGAAACCAAAAGUCAAAGCUGGAUGUUUCCUGCCGUUCAGACAAAAGUACUCUCCUAAUGUAUAUUUCCUUGUUCGCACA